AUGCCUCAUCCAAGACUUACUGGGCCUUGUGCUAUUAAUAAUUGUAAUAGUCAAGUCAAUUCUAUUAGAAAUAUAAUACAAGAUCUUAUAGAUAAAAUUGAAAAAUGUUUAGAUUUUUCAUAUGAUUAUUUAAAAGUUAAUGAAGAUCAAAUCUGUUUUGAACAUUAUAUGAAUAUUGUUAAUUUUAUUACAAGUCAAUCAUCUAAUAAUAAGAAAUCUAAAACUUGGAUAGAUUUAGGAGAUUUAAUUGAAAUAACACAACAAAAAUCAUUUUCUAAUCAAUUACAAUUGUUAACAAAAACUUUAUAUAAAUAUGAAGAUAAAAAUAAUGAUUAUUUAUUAGAUUCUGAUUGUUUUAAACAACUAAUUGAAACAGAAGAGCCUCAAUUAAUUGGAUUUUUAGAUGAAAUGACUAAUGCAUUACAACAAAUUAUUAGUCAAUGUUAUCUUUUAGCAGGAUUACGUAAUCAAAAUAUAAAUAAAUAUAAAACUGAUCUUAGUUUAUAUUUAUCAUCUUGUAGUUUAAGUUCAACUGGAAUAGAUUUUCUUAUGAGAGCAGGAAUAAUGAUAAGUUCAAAAACAUUAUAUAAUUUUAAAGAAAAAAUUAAAAAUAAUCACUUAACAAAAAUUAAUGAAUAUUUUACUUCUCAUUUAAAUAUAUUUCAUUGUUUUAAUAUUAAUAAUUUUCAUGAGAUUCAUGAAUUACGACAACCUAAUAAUACAACACUUUCAUCUGCAAAUCAUUUAGCAACAUUUUUAGCAAUUUCAAAUAGAUAUUCAUUUUUUAAUCCUAAAAAUAUUGAACCAACUAGAAAAAUAAUUAAUUUAAUGUCUAAAUAUAAUGGAUGUUUUGAUAAAAGUUAUAAUAAAUGUAAAAUGGAAUGGAUCUUUCAAAAUAUUUUUCAAUUUAAUUCUCAAAAUCGUAUAGAUUUAUUAACUUUAUAUAUAUAUGAUAAUGCAAUUAAAGAGCAUAAAGAAGAAAGAUCAAUGAAAA